CGAGAAAGAUAAGGUUUUGGGCCACCCAGCCAUAAUCCCUCUCCCUCACUGCACACAGUGGGCACCCGAGCUCAGCUCCGCUCGACCCCUCCCUCUCAGACCUACUUCGGCGGCGUCCUUCCACCCCACCGCCCCCAUGCUCCUCCCGACGCGCCGCCUCCCUGCUACCCCUUCCCGCCCAUCCGCGCACCCGUACAUCUCCCCUGCGCGGCCCUCCCUCCGGUUCCGGCGACAGCAUGGUCGAGCGGCGACGGCGAGGGCGACGUCAGCGACACCUCCCGUGUUUGGCGACACACUGCUGGGUCUGUACGAGAAAGAGAGGUUAGGCCUCUCACGGUACGCCGACGAGGAGUCCAGAGAAGACGUGUUCUGGGAAACCUUGGACGCUGAUUUGCAGUACUGGACCAGAUCCCUGCGCCCGGUGCAGUGGUAUCCUGGUCAUAUUGCAAAAACAGAGAAGGAACUGAAAGGACAGUUAAAGCUCAUGGAUGUUGUCAUAGAAGUCCGGGAUGCUAGAAUUCCCUUGGCAACAACCCAUCCUAAGAUGGAUUCCUGGCUAGGCAACCGUAGAAGGAUCAUAGUGAUGAACCGCGAAGACAUGGUGUCAGCCGACGACAGAAAUGCAUGGGCAACUUACUUUUCUAGUCAGGGUAUCAAAGUUAUUUACUCAAAUGGCCAGCUGGGCAUGGGUACGAUGAAAUUAGGCAGAAUGGCAAAAUCAGCAGCAUCUACUGUGAACACAAGGCGAAGAGAAAAGGGAUUGCUUCCUCGUCCGGUUCGAGCUGGAAUUGUUGGAUAUCCAAAUGUCGGUAAAUCUUCCUUGAUUAAUCGCUUGCUAAAACGAAGAAUGUGUCCAGCAGCACCUAGACCAGGUGUCACAAGAGAACUGAAGUGGGUUCGUUUUGGGAAGGAUCUAGAGCUAUUAGACUCACCUGGAAUUUUGCCAAUGAGAAUUAGUGAUCAGACAGCUGCACUUAAGCUUGCUAUCUGUGAUGAUAUUGGAGAAAGGUCAUAUGAUUUUGCUGAUGUGGCAGCAAUUCUUGUGCAGAUAUUGUUAAGACAUCCGGCUGUGGGUUCUGAGGCAUUUCGAAAACGAUACAAGAUUGAUGUAGACAGUGACUGCGGCAAAUUGUUUGUCACAAAGCUCUCGGUCCACUUGUUCAAUGGAGAUACCACCCAGGCAGCUUUCCGCAUCUUAUCUGACUUCCGGAAAGGAAGAUUUGGUUGGGUUGCCCUAGAGAGACCUCCAACAUGAACGAUGAAGAUAACACUUUACCAGAGAUCAUACUCGCCGUACGCUGCACAUCGAUCGCAAUGUCAUUUGUAGCGCCAUCAUAGGACAAUUUCUCUGGACCUUAACCUAUGUGUGGAAUGAGGAAUCUAUCGAGGAUAGGGUGGCUAUAUCCCUACAUCACAAGUCUGACGGCACAUCAGAAAUUGCCAUGUAGUUACAUGAUUGUGUAGGGGUCUGAGCUGAUCUGUAUGAGCAUGUGAAAGUUGGGUUAACUCUAUUUUGUAAUCUGUUACAGAAAUAAGUAUGGAUAAAUGGAACUGGUUCCAAUUUUGCACAAUUAAA